GAUGACAUCAACUACAAGCGACGCACCAAGGAAAGACCCUGAGCUGGAGCACGCUGACAGAUAUCUUUGUUAGCUAACGCUAGCUAACAGAUAGCUUACCCAUCGAACAGGAGUAUUUCCGAGCUAGGCUGAUUUGGUCUUUUUUCAUGCAAAGAACUGACGAUCGGUUUGACAUAUUUUUAAAAAAUUGUUAUAUGCUAGCUAGCUGUCCACAGUAACGUCGGAAAGAUGUCUGUCACAGAUAUGUUCAGCAACAUUCAAGGUUUCUUAAGUGCAGAUCAAGACAUCAGAGAGGACAUAAGAAAAGUCGUCCAAGUCUUGGAGCAGACUGCAAGAGAGAUUUUGACUGUGCUUCAAAGUGUUCAUCAACCAUCAGGCUUUAAAGACAUUCCUAGUAAAUGCUUGCGGGCGCGGGAAUUGUUCUCCACAGUGAGAAAUCACAUUGGAGAUCUGAAGACUAAGUUCCCAGUCGACCAGUACUACAGAUUUCACGAGCAUUGGAGGUUUGUCCUGCAGCGGGUGACUUUCCUGGCGGCUUUCGUGGUCUACCUGGAAAGUGAAUCCUUGGUGACGCGGGAGGAAGUGGCUCAGAUACUUGGCAUUGAAGUGGACAGAGAGAAAGGUUUUCACCUGGACAUUGAAGAUUACCUGGCUGGGGUUCUGAUCAUGGCCAGUGAGCUGUCCAGACUGGCGGUGAACAGCGUGACGUCCGGGGACUACGGCCGGCCCCUGCGCAUCUCCCGCUUCAUCAACGAGCUGGACUCGGGCUUCCGGCUGCUCAACCUGAAGAACGACCCGCUCCGCAAGCGCUACGACGGCCUCAAGUACGACGUCAAGAAGAUCGAGGAGGUGGUCUACGACCUGUCCAUCCGAGGCCUGACCAAGGACCCCGAGACGGCCGGGGACAAGUAAGGACGGGAAGAGGCGGGGGCCCCCGUCGAGACUGGGGCGGCGGAUGACCGGCCCGCCUGCCCGGACGAGACGCGCCACAGGAGGGGCGUGGCCCGCGCCGCGUUCGGGGAAACCGCCGCCGAAGACCCGCGUUUCGGGCGUCCUUUUCACACCGCUGCUGGACUCUGCAGUGUCUUCACUUGUAUUUCGCUUCAAACGCCCAGUUACCCUUUUCUUUCGCCGCCGCUCUCGUUGUUGAACCUAGUGAGGUUUGUAUUAUAUCUGUCAAACUGGUGAAACGCCUGUUGUAUAGCCGCUCGCCCUAAGGGGCUUCAUGCCAUUCAGUCGCUCCAGGAUUCUGGCCCAUCCUCUUGCUAGUUGCAGUUUCGGUUUCGCAGUGGACAUGCAUGUUUGUGGACUCUGUGCUUGGUGAGCUUCAGUGGAGCUUUGCUAAAGCCCUUCUGUGUCACAUCCACAAGUUUGUCCACCUAUGUUUAGAUGAACACACCUUACAGGUUUAGGAAUGAUUGUAACGCCAGUAAUGCUUCUUUGAAACGUAAGAACGGGCAUGUCUUGUGUUGUUCUGCCAAAGUCAACCUGCAUUAUUUCAGAAUGUUUUUGUGAGAAACGCUUUAAACGAAUGCAACAGGGUUGUGUUGAGCUAUCGGUUAUCAAGUCUUUUUCGAAGAGAAGGCGAAGAUUUUUUUCUGUUCAUUUUUCCUAGUUUUAUAAUGCCCACUUCAGCUAGCUCCAUUGUGUAGAAUGUAGAUUUCCAUUGUCCCACAUCAAAACAUCAGUGAUGGUCCUGCAGUGUGAACAUAUGAAAUAAGCAACAGUCAUUCCCUUUUUCCCUGCAGAUGACAUUUAUUGUUUUUAAAACAGGAGCCUGGAAAAGAAUACCUGAAGUGAGAUGCAAUGUUUGUGUUCAUCUAUCAGUUUGACUGAUCGUUUUGUUCACUCAUUACCUCGCUGACGACUGGUCCGAUAACCGAGAGAGAAGAGAGCCAAAGAAGGAACGUACCUCUGCAGCGGGACACAGUCCAUACCCACCAUCACGGGUUACUUUUCUUUCUUCAGUUAUUUUCAGUUUAAAGUUUUAGCAGUCUGUUCACAUCAUUAUACAGGACCUGGCGUGUGUCUUGUGUGGUCCUGCUGUAGCUGUGGCUGGGAUCACAGUGAAUGUCUGUCAGUCAUUCCAUUCUAAGCUGUACAGGAGAACAUUGUUAAAGUGAAGAGAGAGCCAUAAGAAAUGCUGUUGAUUUUAUUUCCUUAAGAUUCUGUGCCAGUGUGAGUUUCAUCAGUUAUCCUUCCGGUUUUUACAGAAUUGUAUGAAACAUUUCUGAAUUGUGGACCUGUGCAUUGUUGAGUUCUCGGUCCUUUCAAAGGAACACGCACUGUCAAUUUCUAAAACUGCUGAUAAAGCCAUUUCCUCCUCCUAGAAAAACAACUGAAUCUUCUUAUUUCAUCUGUGUGCAAUUUUCAGAAACAAAGGGCUUUAGACAUGACCGCCGUUCUAUGUAGUAUAACAGUCACAGGAAAUGAUGUAAUGGUUUCUUUUGUGCAUCAUUUUUUUUUUACCUUUGUUGUCAGCAAUAACGUGUACUUGUGGUUUGGACUAGUUUAUUACGACCAGUCAUGUUUGAAUGAAACCAAUAAAUAAAUAUUGUUAAA